GGAGGUUGAGAAAAUUGAGACCUGUGUACAGAAACUUCCUGCGGGGCAUGUGAAGAGCACGGCUUACGAGUGCUCUUGAGAAGGUCUCCACCGCAAUGGACCUCUGUUCCCAGGGCCCUCGUUUCUCCCGUCCACCACUGUCACUUCCGGCUGCACCAAGGUGCAGAACUUCUUGGCUAAAAUUCACCUGGUGAAGAGGAAGAGGGGUGUGCCGGUUCUGAGCCAGGCUAUCAAGGUAAUGCAGGCCAUCUUGAAAGCCAUGGGACCAGUGGGUACCUUCCUUGACAAGGUCAACGCGGAACUGAACAAAAAGAUCUGCAUAGUGGGAGACCUUCUGAAGGUCGGUGGCAAGGUGGUCUCCAAACUGAAGAGCGUCGAACACUCCAUCUCUCACGCCAUCCAUCACAUCUUCGGAAGGAAGAGAGUUGUCGUCAUGGACGCUGACUUUGAUCCCCGUGGAGUGCGCGGUGUGGACAUCUGUCUGAGCGUCAACCAGGUUCUCCACAAGUUCAAGGGCUUCACUGGCGACAUGAUGAAACAAGCCGAGAAGUUAAUCACAGACCUCUUCCAUGGAAAAGUGCCUUUCCACAUCCCAAGUCUGUCAAAUGAUGUGUUGCACCUGGGAACUGUACUUAAGCCGUUCACUUCUGGGAUUCCCAAAGUUGUGAUGUCUAUUGCGGAGCCCCUGAUUCUGAAUGCCAUCCACAUGAGCUCUAACGGCUACGUCCAGGCCAUUCCGGACUGUGUAGCCGCCUUUAGAGGAUAAACCAACAUGGCUUUGGCUGUGAAAUAAACACCUGUAA